CCAAAAUUAUAUGUCACAUAGCCAUUUACUUCUACAAGCUUGCUUAAAUUCAGACCCUCUUUCUCUCUAGAUAUCCGUACAUAAAAACCAGAACGGAAAAGAAAAAAGUAGUUAAGUUUAAAGAUCUGAAGCUACAUUUUCGCUCUCGCUACAGAGAGAUCUCAAUACUGUUCACAAAAGCUACUCAUCAUUUUCUGCUUUUUCUUUUGCUUUCUCUGUUUCUCAGUUUCUUGUGGGUUCAUUGCUCUCUGUAGCAUCUUUUUAGGGUUCCUAAACUGCUAAAUACUUCGAGAUCUGCCUCACAUAGUAGUAGAAUUUUUUCUUCAUUUGUUUUUUUUUUUUUUUUUUUCCCUCGAGCGAAAGAGAAGAAUCUGCAAACUGGAUUGGGGGGUUUUCUGGUUAUAAACGAAGAAUAUGUGAGGGUCCUGUUUAAAUUUCUUUUGGUGGGCUGGGGGGGUCAAGUCAUAUGUUAAAGAGUAUCAAUUGAUUUAUAAAUACAAUUUUUAGUCUGUAUUUUGGAGUAAUAUAUUAGGCAUUUCUUUAGCUGCUUUCAUUUUUCUGGAAUAUGAGGUUAUCUUCUUCCUCCUCCUCUUCUUCUGCGGGCUAUAAUCCUCAGCUUGAGGAAGGUGAGAAAAAAUGCUUGAAUUCAGAGCUGUGGCACGCAUGCGCAGGCCCUCUGGUGUCCCUUCCCCAAGUCGGGAGUCGUGUUGUGUAUUUUCCCCAGGGACACAGCGAACAGGUUACUGCCUCAACCAACAAGGAAGUAGAUGCUACUAGCCCCAGCUAUCCUGGCUUAUCACCACAACUUAUAUGCCAGCUUCACAAUGUGACUAUGCAUGCAGAUGUGGAAACGGAUGAAGUAUAUGCACAGAUGACUUUGCAACCACUCAGUCCUGAUGAGCAAAAGGACUUAUGCCUGCUUCCAGCAGAACUUGGCACCCCUAGUAAACAGCCCUCCAAUUAUUUCUGUAAAACUUUGACUGCAAGUGACACCAGCACUCAUGGAGGAUUCUCUGUCCCUCGCCGAUCUGCUGAGAAAGUCUUUCCUUCUCUUGAUUACUCUCAAACACCUCCUUGUCAAGAGUUGAUUGCGAAGGAUCUCCAUGGAAAUGAGUGGAAGUUCAGGCAUAUUUUUCGAGGACAGCCAAAGAGGCAUCUCCUUACGACAGGGUGGAGUGUGUUCGUCAGUGCAAAGCGACUUGUUGCUGGAGAUUCAGUGAUUUUCAUCUGGAAUGAAAAUAAUCAGUUGUUAUUGGGAAUUCGGCGUGCUAAUCGUCCACAAACUGUCAUGCCAUCGUCGGUUUUAUCAAGCGAUAGCAUGCAUAUAGGUCUUCUUGCUGCUGCAGCUCAUGCAGCAGCUACGAAUAGUCGUUUCUGCAUCUUUUACAAUCCAAGGGCUAGUCCAUCAGAGUUUGUAAUACCUCUUGCAAAAUAUGCUAAAGCUUUGUAUCAUACCCGAGUUUCUUUGGGUAUGCGCUUUCGGAUGCUUUUUGAAACAGAAGAGUCAAGUGUCCGUAGGUACAUGGGCACAAUUACUGGCAUUGGUGACUUGGAUCCUGUUCGAUGGCCAAACUCACAUUGGCGCUCAGUGAAGGUUGGUUGGGAUGAAUCAACUGCAGGGGAGAGGCAACCCCGAGUUUCCUUGUGGGAGAUUGAACCACUAACGACCUUUCCCAUGUAUCCAUCGCCAUUCUCCCUCAGACUGAAGCGACCAUGGCCAUCUGGAUUGCCCCCCUUCCCUGGUUUUAAAGAUAGCGGUAGUAUGAACAUGAAUUCCUCACUUGCAUGGCUUCGUGGUGGUAUUGGAGAUCAGGGCUUACAUGCACUGAAUUUCCAGGCAUUUGGUGUAAACCCCUGGAUGCAGCCAAGUCUUGGUGCUUCUAUGCUUGGUUUACAACCUAAUGUUUACCAAUCAAUGGCCGCUGCUGCUCUCCAGGAAAGGGGUUCUUUAGAUCCUUCCAAACUUGCCAAUCAGUCCCUCCUGCAGUUUCAGCAUAAUGUUCCCAAUAGUUCUGUUCCACUCGUCCAAAAUCAGAUAUUGCAACAGUCCCACCCUCAACAAAAUUUCCUCCAGGGCUAUCCAGAAAGCAAAAUAAUAUCACAGGGUCAGAUUCUGCAGCAGCAAUUGCAGCGGCAUCAGACAUUUAAUGAUCAGCAACAGCUUCAAACUCAGCAAUCCCAGCAACUACAUCAACAAUUCCAAGAUCAACAGCAAAUUAACAAAACCAUCUCUACUGGCUCUCACAUAGCAGCCACUCAAUCCCAGUUCACGCCUUUGCAAGCUGUGCCAUCUAUAUGCCAGCAACAGAAUUUCUCUGACCUCGUAGAGAACCAUAUAACUCCAUCUAAUAAUGCAAGUCGUGUAAGAUCAUUUUCCUCUGAAGGAUCAUCCCACCUAGAGAGCAUGCAUGGACCUAGCCCUCUGGUCUCUCCUUCCUCAUUAUCAAAACGAGUUGCGUUAGAACCUCAACUUCCUUCCAGGGUUUCACAAUUUGUAGUGCCCCGGACAGAAGAAUUCAUGAUGCGUAAUUCUAAAGUGCCUGAGAUUUCCACCUUGUUGCCACCAUUUCCUGGCAGAGAAUUUUCGGAGUUUCAAGGUGUGACAGAUUCCCAUAACAAUAUGUUGUUUGGAGUUAAUACAGACUCGUCUCUUAUGCUACAGAAUGGGAUGUCAAACCUUAGAAAUAAUAGCAGCGAGAAUGAAUCAUUUUCUAUGCCAUAUGCAACAUCUACUUUCACUAGUGCCACGGGCACCAAUUUUCCACUUAGCUCAGACAUGACUGCUUCAAGUUGUGUAGAUGAAUCAGGUUUCUUGCAGUCUUCGGAAAACGUGGAUCAAAGCAAUGCACCCGAUCGAACCUUUGUGAAGGUUUACAAGUCAGGGACCUUUGGACGAUCACUCAAUAUUUCCAAAUUUAGCAGCUAUCAAGAGCUGCGAAGUGAGCUUGCUCGCUUAUUUGGCCUUGAAGGCCUACUGGAAAACCCUCAGAGAUCAGGCUGGCAGCUUGUAUUUGUUGACCGAGAGAAUGAUAUUCUUCUCCUCGGUGAUGACCCUUGGCAGGAAUUUGUAAACAGCGUCUGGUAUAUCAAGAUCCUAUCACCAAUUGAAGUGCAGCAGAUGGGAAAAGAGGGACUUGACCUUCCAAAUUCUGCUCAAAUGCACAAUCUUUCCAGCAGUGGUACCAGCUGUGAUGAUUAUGCGAGUCGUAAGGCCACCAGAAGUAACUUAAAUGGGAUAACAUCCGUGGGGUCACUCGACUACUGAUGUUUGAACUAUUCCAAAGGUUAUUCUGUACCGUAUUUUACUCAAUGAUGGCCAUGGUUUAUGUUGGGCAAAUAUUUUUGGUGCCUCUGGAUAUGUGCUCUAUCUAGCUAAAGUCGAUCAAUCUAACUUUGUAUGCUACUUAUUUAGAUUUUUAUGUUAUAACGUGAAUACUCGUCCUUAUAAAACUUCUCUUUGGUAUUGUUGGAACUGU